GCCUUCAAGGAACAAUGGAUCUUUAAUCUUUUAUCCUAAAACCCAGUCCUUUUGAAUACAAUGCUUCUUCUAUGUCAGGCAGGGAACACGUGGAGAUGCACUUGAAAAGAUGGAGAAGGCGGUGAACAGAGAGACGGCGUUCCGAACGGAAAGAACAGAGCCUCCGGAAUCCUGCAACCGGCGAAACCAGGCGGUUCCUAAACCUGGAGGUGAACUUGAGCCUCGGACAGCGAGCAGACUCGACCACGCAUGCGCCUGUGAUAGACAGCGCCGCGGCGGCGCGAGGCGGGUUCCGGGCGGUGAAUUACGACCUCUGCUGGCGACGCUCACGACUCGUGCCGUAAAAGUCGCGUGUGGCGCCUGCGCACACCCCUCUCUUUCCUCGGAGGGAGGACUCCGCCGCGGCAGUGGGUGCUCGCAGCGCCGCCCGGGCCGUCACCAUGGUGAAGCUGAGCAAAGAGGCCAAGCAGAGGCUGCAGCAGCUCUUCAAGGGCGGCCAGUUCGCCAUCCGCUGGGGCUUUAUCCCUCUCGUGAUUUACCUGGCUUACUUUGGGGAUAAAGGACUGUUUGGUCAUCUGGAUUUGGAAGCAAUCAAUGGACAGUAACAACAUGGAAGGUGUGCCCUCUGGCUGGCAUAAGAGAUGGGACAUCGUUCACACGUUCACCAAUUGAAUGGCACAGGGCUCUUCUCGGAUGCAUCUGUGGCAGAGUGGAGCCUCUACUGAUUGAUUUAUGGGGGACUGGAUCAAAAUAAAUAUUUUUUAACAAUGUUA